AUGGCUCAGAUUGUGGGUUCAGAUGGAAUAGAGUCACUGAGAAUUGAGUUAGCAGAGAUUGGAAGGAGCCUGAGGUCUUCAUUCAGGCGCCAUGCAUCAAGUUUCAGAACUAGCUCUGCUGUAAGCUUUGGGAGAGAUGAUCUUGAUGUUGAGUAUGCUUUGCAGUGGGCUGCCAUUGAGAGAUUGCCAACUUUUGAAAGGCUGAAGUCGUCUUUGUUUGAGACUGAUGGUGAAGGAAAAAGGGUUGUUGAUGUCACCAAGCUUGGCUCUCUUCAAAAGCAUAUAUUCAUUGAGAAGCUUAUCAAGCACACUGAGCAUGAUAACCUCCAGUUGUUGAAAAAAAUAAGGAAAAGAAUUGAUGAAGUUGGUCUUGAAUUGCCCUCUGUGGAGGUAAGAUUUAAGAAUUUGAGGGUGGAAGCUGAGUGUGAGAUCGUUCAGGGAAAGCCACUUCCAACUUUAUGGAAUUCUCUUAUAUCUUCAUUAUCUGUCUUAUCAUGGCUUCCAGGGUCCAAGUCAGUACAAGAGAAGAUAAACAUCAUUAAUGGUGUUAGUGGCAUCAUUAAGCCUCGAAGGAUAACUCUUCUGCUUGGCCCUCCGGGUUGUGGGAAGACUACCCUCUUGAAGACUCUCUCAGGAAAUCUUCAGAAAUCUCUAAAGGUGACAGGGGAAAUCUCGUAUAACGGUUACAUGCUAGACGAGUUUGUUCCUCAGAAAACUUCAGCUUAUAUAAGCCAAGAAGACCUGCAUAUAGCAGAAAUGACUGUGAGGGAAAUACUUGACUUUUCAGCCCAAUGUCAGGGUGUUGGAAGCCGAGCUGAUGUCAUGAUGGAAAUCAGUAAAAGAGAGAAAGAGGCAGGAAUUGUACCAGAUCCAGACAUAGACACUUACAUGAAGGCAACAUCUGUUGAAGGACUAAAUCGAACCCUUCAAACUGAUUAUGUCUUGAAGAUUCUUGGACUUGAUGUCUGUGCUGACACGAUGGUGGGAGAUGUCAUGAGAAGGGGUAUCUCCGGAGGUCAAAAGAAGAGACUGACUACAGCGGAGAUGAUAGUUGGUCCCACAAAUGUUCUUCUGAUGGAUGAAAUAUCAAAUGGCUUGGACAGUUCAACUACAUAUCAGAUUGUUGCCUGUCUCCAGCAGAUGGUGCAUAUCAUAGAUGCUACUGCACUGAUUUCACUUCUUCAGCCUGCACCAGAAACCUUCGAACUCUUCGAUGACAUUAUUUUGAUGGCAGAAGGAAAGAUUGUGUAUCAAGGACCACGCAAUCAAAUUGUAAAGUUUUUUGAGGAUUGUGGUUUCAGGUGUCCUGAAAGAAAAGGAGUAGCUGACUUUCUCCAGGAGGUGAUAUCGAGGAAGGAUCAAGCGCAAUACUGGUACCGUACUGAAGUUCCAUACAAUUAUGUUGCAGUUGAUAUGUUCUGCAGGAAAUUCAAGAAAUCUUCUCUAGGUAAGAAGCUUCGUGAGGAUCUCUCAGUGCCAUUCGAUAAGUUGAAAAACCACAAGGAUGCUCUUUCCUUCGACAUGUAUUCUGUUUCCAAUUGGAAGCUGUUUAAAGCUUGCAUGUCAAGGGAAUUUCUUCUCAUGAAGAGAAAUUCUUUUAUCUAUGCAUUCAAAACUAUCCAGAUUAUCGUCAUUGCAACUAUUGCGAUGACUGUCUUUAUAAGGACUCGGAUGGGCAUUGAUGUUAUUCAUGCCAGUUACUACAUGGGAGCCCUGUUCUUUGGACUACUAAUACUUCUUGUCGAUGGCGUUCCGGAGUUGACUCUGACUACUGCAAGACUUCCAGUCUUCUUUAAACAGAAAGAACUUCGCUUCUACCCCGCUUGGGCAUAUGCAAUUCCAACUGCUAUUUUGAAAGUCCCUCUUUCAGUAAUUGAAUCUGUGGUGUGGACAUGUCUUACCUACUAUGUCAUCGGAUACACCCCUGAGGCCUCAAGGUUCUUUCGCCACCUUAUUAUACUUUUUGCUGUGCACUUGGCAUCAGUCUCCUUGUUCCGAUGUUUGGCAUCCAUCUGCCAAACCGUAACUGCAGCUAUGACAGCCGGUGGUUUUGGAGUAUUAUUUGUCCUGAUAUUUGGUGGCUUCAUUAUCAAGCAUCCCUCUAUGCCAUUGUGGUUGAAGUGGGGUUUUUGGGUUUCCCCCCUUACAUAUGGAGAGAUAGGCCUUUCUGGAAAUGAAUUUCUUGCACCUCGAUGGCAAAAGAUGCUGUCUACAAAUGUUACAAUAGGGACAGAAAUACUCAACAGCCGUGGACUAAACUACGAAGGAUAUUACUUCUGGAUAUCACUCGGUUCCUUGUUUGGAUUCACUUUAUUUUUCAAUACCAUCUUUGUCGUGGCCUUAAGUUUCUUGAAGCCUCCUGGAUCAUCUCGUGCCAUGAUUUCGCAGGAAAAUUUUGCCAAGAUACAAGGAAUUCAAAGUUCCAUUGACGGUGAACAUUUAGAAAACACUGGAAAAAAUCCUCCUAAUCAAGGAUCUAUAAAAGGCAAGAUGGUCUUACCUUUUCAACCACUAACACUAACAUUUGAGAACAUGAGCUACUUUGUCGACACUCCUUUGGAAAUGAGAGAACAUGGAUUUGCUGACAACAAAGUUCAAUUACUUUCCGAUGUUACGGGCGCAUUGAGGCCUGGUGUUCUUACAGCAUUAAUGGGGGUUAGUGGAGCUGGAAAAACAACUCUUCUUGAUGUUCUUGCAGGAAGAAAAACUACUGGCUAUAUUGAAGGGGAAAUUAAAAUUGGCGGGUAUCCAAAGGUUCAAGAAACAUUUGCUAGAAUUUCAGGUUACUGUGAGCAAACUGACAUUCAUUCUCCUCAAAUCACAGUAGGAGAAUCUCUGAUGUUUUCUACGUGGUUACGGUUGUCUCCUCAGAUUGACUCUAAAACUAAAACUGCAUUUGUAAAUGAAGUCCUAGAGAUCAUUGAGCUUGAUGAAAUUAAGGAUUCUUUAGUUGGUCUCCCAGGUAACAGUGGUCUAUCAACUGAGCAACGCAAGCGCCUCACAAUAGCCGUUGAGCUUGUUGCCAAUCCAUCUAUAAUCUUUAUGGAUGAACCAACAACCGGGUUAGAUGCACGAGCAGCAGCAAUUGUCAUGCGUGUUGUGAAAAAUGUAGUUGAGACUGGAAGGACAAUUGUUUGCACUAUCCACCAACCAAGUAUUGACAUAUUCGAAGCAUUUGAUGAGUUGAUCCUUUUGAAAAGGGGUGGGCACGUGGUCUACUCAGGAGAAUUGGGAAAGCAUUCAAGCAAGCUUAUAGACUAUUUCCAGAGUAUCAGUGGAGUACCGAAGAUUAAGGACAAUUACAAUCCAGCAACAUGGAUAUUAGAACUCACUUCUGCAUCUGCAGAAGCUGAACUUGGCGUAGAUUUCACUAAAAUAUACAAAGAUUCUGUUCUAAAUGAGAAAAACAAAGAGCUUGUAAGGGAGUCAAGUACUCCGCUUCCUGAUUCAAGAGAUCUGCAUUUCCCAACACGCUUCACGCAAGACUUCUGGGGGCAGUUCAAGAAUUGCCUAUGGAAACAAUAUUGGUCUUACUGGAGAAGUCCUUCAUACAACUUGCGUCGAAUCAUGCAUGUUGUGAUAGCAGCUUUUCUUUUCGGCGCACUCUUUUGGAACCGAGGAAGGAAUAUGGAUGAUCAGCAGAGUUUAUUCAAUAUAUUUGGUGCAUUUUAUGUUGCAGUGAUAUUUUUAGGCAUAAAUAAUUGUUCAACAGUCAUUCCUUAUGUUUCGAUAGAACGAACUGUUAUGUAUCGAGAAAAAUUUGCAGGGAUGUACUCACCAUGGGCUUAUGCAUUUGCACAGGUGGCAGUUGAAAUUCCUUACAUAUUUGUCGAAGCAUUUGUGUUUAUAAUAAUCACCUAUCCAAUGAUGGGAUUUUAUUGGUCGGCAUAUAAGAUUUUCUGGUAUUUGUAUGCCUUUUUCAUGACAAUGUUGUACUUCAAUUAUCUGGGCAUGCUCCUUGUGGCAUUGACACCAAAUGAACUGGUUGCCGCAAUUCUAACCUCAGUCUUCUACACCUUAUUCAAUUUGUUUUCCGGAUACAUCAUGCCUCAACCGCACAUUCCCAAAUGGUGGGUCUGGUUGUAUUAUUUAAUCCCCAGUUCCUGGACACUGAACGCUUUGAUCACUUCACAGUAUGGAGAUAUCAGUCAGGAAAUUAAUGCCUUUGGAAAAACAACAAGUCUAUCUAGCUUUAUCAAAGAUUAUUUCGGUUUUCAUCAUGAUCGCUUGGCCGCUACUGGUGUUGUUCUUCUUUUAUACCCUGUAAUAUUUGCUUCUCUUUUUGCAUAUUUGAUUGGAAGGUUGAACUUCCUCAGAAGGUGA